UGUAUAAUAAGCUAAAAAUUAAUUAAUAUUUAUUUGUUGAAUUUAUGCAGUUUUAAACUAGACAGUUUAUAUUAUCUAUAUGGUUAAAAUGGACCCUAAGUAAAUUUUCAGAAUUUAGCGUAUUUGUUCACCUUUGUAUUGAUAACUUACGUCCAUAGAUGCCUACGUCAUUUACAUGCGAUUAUAAAUAGUUAUUAUUAAUUCCUUAUAACCUCAGACUACUUAUGUCCUCAAUUUACUUUCCAACUUAAAUGGCUCAUAUAACAAAUUUCGAAGUUUUGGACAAGCAGGCGGUCCCAAACGAAAGAAAACCGCUCUUUCAUAUGGAUAAAUCUGACAGGAAUAGUUUUGGGUCUUCAUUGAAAAAAAUUAUUUGCCCUAAGUGGCACACAACAUCAAAUCUAUUUGCAUUGGUGCUGCUUAUCCUAUUAGUUUGGGCAAUUUCCUGUUCCCUAUUUGAAUUGGAGUAUGUUGGACCCUCCAGUCAACUCUUCAAACUUAUAGUCCUUUUUAUUUGUGCUAAAAUAUCAGGAUGUAUUGUAUCGUUGUUCGGUUUACCUCCCAUGGUGGGAAUGCUCUUGAUGGGUGUCUUAUUUCGGAAUGUUGAAUAUUUGGAAGUGAUUCCACCAUAUACUACUUUUACAUCCGUGCUACGUCAACUAGCUUUGGUGAAUAUCCUUCUUCCUGCUGGUUUAGGAUUAGAUCCUAAAGCUCUCCUGAGUAAAGGCUUAAUGAUUGUAAAUCUUGCUUUGGUACCAGUUGGAGUUGAAAUAAUUGGUGUUACUGUUGCUUCGUAUUUUCUUCUUAACUUACCGUGGCUCUGGGGUUUACUAUUAGGAUUUUUGCUAGCUGCAGUAUCUCCCGCAGUUAUAAUACCUUGUCUGUUCAAACUUCAAGGCCUGGGGUACGGUGUUAACAAAGGAAUUCACACAUUGGUGAUAGCUGCGUCAACUGUUAAUGACCUUGUGUGUAUUGUAGGCUUUGGAAUCGUUUUAGAUGUUAUUUUCUCUUCUGGGCCAUGGUAUUCACAAAUUAGUAAAGGACCAAUAGUUUUAGCCAUAGGUUUCGCUUAUGGAAUAGCUUGGGGUGUUUUAUGUUAUUUUAUACCUAGUACCGAAAAUGAAUACAUUGUUACUUUAAGAACUUUACUUCUUGGGUUGGGGUGUUUAUUAUCGGCCGUGGGGAGCAGCGCCAUAGGCUACGCAGGCGCUGGAGCACUAGGGUGUAUCGUGGCCGCAUUUGUCGCCAGCAUAGGGUGGCGUAGACAAGGAUGGGAUAGUAACAACCCUGUGAGAAAUAAUUUUAUUCUCUUAUGGAAGUUUUUCGAACCUGUCUCGUUCGGUCUAAUCGGAAUUGAAGUUAAUUUUAAAAUUUUAGAACUGUAUACAGUCUUGUGGGGAAUUCUUUCAACAUUGGUCCCUUUAAUGUUAAGAAUGAUAGUUUCAUUUUUAUCAACACAAUACUCCAAUUUUAAUGUUAAAGAAAAUGUGUUCAUUGCUUUAUCAUGGAUACCUAAAGCCACUGUGCAGGCUGCACUCGGAGCAACACCUUUAACAAAUGCAUAUAUUAUUGGUGAUGCAAACAGCAUUUCUUAUGCCAACACUGUUCUUAUUGUAGCAGUUAUGUCAAUUUUACUCACGUCGCCUAUUGGAGCGAUCUUAAUAAUGAAAUUAGGGCCGAAAUUCUUGCAGCGGACUCUGCCAAACAAUCCUCAGGGUAUUUAAUAACAAUUCUUUUCAUCUUACUUAAUUCUAAUAUUGGAAGUUAGCUUUAAUGUACUUAAAAAUGAAAUCAAUUAAAAAUUUAAUUGCCACGUUA